AUGUUACCACUACAGAGGCCCAUGCAAAGCACCAUCCCACCAGCAUGGUUCUGGAACUUUAUCCCACGUUUGUACCUUGACACAUUCGCGUGGGCAUUGCGCCAUCGGCUCAAGCCGAUUCAUGUGAUAACUUGCUCUUUCUAUUGGAGCCAGCGAGUUCUCGACUCGACCGGCCAACUCCAUCGGCUCAUAUUCGGACGCACAUGA